GAUCUCAAAAAUGCCAUUGCCAAAUGAAUGGCUGAUCGGUAAUCAGUUUUGUGUAAAAAAUGGCAAAAACUUACGAUUAUUUGUUUAAGUUACUUCUAAUAGGUGAUUCUGGUGUUGGGAAAACUUCUAUCUUAUUUAGAUUUUCAGAAGAUGCUUUCAAUAUAUCAUUCAUAUCAACCAUAGGUAUUGACUUCAAAAUAAGGACAAUAGAUCUCGAUGGUAAAAAAGUUAAGUUACAAAUAUGGGAUACCGCUGGCCAAGAGAGAUUCAGAACAAUAACAACAGCAUAUUACCGUGGAUCUAUGGGAAUCAUGCUCGUCUAUGAUGUUACAAAUGAAAAGAGCUUCGAGAAUAUCAAGAAUUGGAUAAGAAAUAUUGAGGAAAAUGCAAGUGCUGAUGUUGAAAAGAUGAUCUUAGGAAACAAGUGUGACUUAGAUGCUAAAAGACAGGUAUCAAAAGAAAGAGGUGAACAAUUAGCAAUAGAAUAUCAAAUCAAAUUUGUAGAAACAUCAGCUAAAGAUUCCUUAAAUGUUGAAUAUGCUUUCUACACACUUGCAAGAGACAUAAAGGCAAAGAUGGAAAAGAAACAGAAGGAAGCGAGUAAUCCUCCCGGCAUGCGCAGCGGCGCUCACCAGAUUAAGGCGAGCGACCAGCAGAGCAAGCCCACAUCGUGGCUGUCCCGCUGCUCCAUCCUCUGACGACCUGCCGUAGCACUUCACACCCGUAUACUCAUCAAUUAAGAAGCGUGGGCAUCAACUCACUGUUAUAUUUUUCGAACUACACUUUUAUCUGGUGCAACUCAAGAUCAGACUUGCUUUUGUAUUUUUAUAUCCAAUUAUUUAGUUUUAAAAUUUUUGAAACGACAUCACACAGUUUUUUAGUAAAUAUUAUUUGUGAUAUCUGUGUGGUAGACAAUGUUUGGAUGUUAAAUUUUUGUUCUGUAAAAUUCUUAUCAGUAUUUUAACUAAAUUCUUUUCAAUACAUUUUUAUAAUCUUUAAUUUUAGUUUAUAGCAAAUUAAUUUGGACUUCCCGCAGCAGCGACGCGGUGGUACGAAGAAUUUUACUUUAAUAGAUUUUUAUUAUUAGCUGUAUUUUUCUUUUGCUAUUUUAAUUAAGAUUAUAUAUAUAUUUUAAUGUAAUAUAUACUACAUAUUUAAUUUGAUUAAACAGUGCUUUUGUACUAU